AAGCCCGGGCUGCCGCGCCGCCGGGGUCACCCCGCAGCCUCGCCCCUGCCCGGCUGUGGAGCCGGCGCGAUGCUGCCGCCGGUGCCCUCCCGCCUUGGGCUGCUGUUGCUGCUGCUCCUGUGUCCGGCGCACGUCGGCGGACUGUGGUGGGCUGUGGGCAGCCCCUUGGUCAUGGACCCUACCAGCAUCUGCAGGAAGGCACGGCGGCUGGCAGGACGGCAGGCCGAGUUAUGCCAGGCAGAGCCAGAAGUGGUGGCAGAGCUAGCCCGGGGCGCCCGGCUUGGGGUUCGAGAGUGCCAGUUCCAGUUCCGCUUCCGCCGCUGGAACUGCUCCAGCCACAGCAAGGCUUUUGGGCGCAUCCUUCAGCAGGACAUUCGGGAGACCGCCUUCGUGUUUGCAAUCACCGCGGCCGGUGCCAGCCAUGCGGUCACACAGGCCUGUUCCAUGGGUGAGCUGUUGCAGUGUGGCUGCCAGGCACCCCGCGGACGGGCCCAGCCCCGACCCCCUGGCUUGCCGGGCACCCCCGGGCCUCCCGGGCCCAUGGCUUCCUCAGACGCCAGCGCUGCCUGGGAGUGGGGAGGCUGCGGUGAUGACGUAGACUUUGGGGACGAGAAGUCACGACUGUUUAUGGACGCGAGGCAUAAGCGCGGACGCGGAGACAUCCGAGCACUGGUGCAACUACACAACAACGAGGCUGGCCGGCUGGCCGUGAGGAGCCACACGCGCACGGAGUGCAAGUGCCACGGUCUGUCCGGUUCCUGCGCACUGCGCACCUGCUGGCAGAAGCUGCCCCCGUUCCGCGAGGUGGGCGCGCGGCUACUGGAGCGUUUCCACGGUGCCUCACGCGUCAUGGGCACCAACGACGGCAAAGCCCUGCUGCCAGCUGUCCGCACACUCAAGCCGCCCGGCCGCGCCGACCUCCUCUAUGCCGCUGACUCGCCGGACUUCUGCGCCCCCAACAGGCGCACCGGCUCGCCGGGUACGCGUGGGCGCGCCUGCAAUAGCAGCGCCCCGGACCUCAGUGGUUGUGACCUGUUGUGCUGCGGCCGCGGGCACCGCCAGGAGAGCGUGCAGCUCGAGGAGAACUGCCUGUGCCGCUUCCACUGGUGCUGCGUAGUGCAAUGCCACCGCUGCCGCGUGCGCAAGGAACUCAGCCUCUGCCUCUGACCUGCCGCCUCUCAAAAGUGCGCAGAGCCAUCUCUCGGCACCUGUGGGACUCCUGGGCUCCAGCAGGAGGUGCUGCCCUGCGCAAUUCGCUCUUCGAAAAUCCAUCUGCCAGCCCUGUGAGGCCCGGAGCUUGGGGUAUACGCCAGACCUAUGAAGGUUCAGGGUGCCAGAGGGUCCCUGCAAAGGCGCUCUGAGAGUUUCUGGGGACGAUUAUACAGGCCAUAUCUAAUGGGGUGGAAACAAAAACUCCAGUCUCCAGGUCUCUGGAAAUUGGACUCCUCAGAACUGCUGGCCAUGGGAUGCUUGGGUGAGGUUCUUAUCAAUAAAGAUAUUUAAACCAA